UCCUUGGGACUCCAUUCCUCGUGGUUUCUAUUCUUGUUUCUCUUCGCCUUUUUCUCUCUCUCCUUCUCUCUCGUCACUCUUAUCCUCCUCUCUUCUAUCCUCGUCCGUUUCUCUUCAUCAUUUACCGUCACCACAAUGGGAGCAGGCUCCUUUCAGCGGCGGUAUGAGCCCACUCCGGCAGAGAUUGAGGCCGAAAAAUGGGGCGAGCAAAACAAUGAAGAGCUGUCCAACUACCUCUUCAUCAUCUGUGGUGCUGUCGCCGUCGCCGUCAUCUUUUGGAAACUCGCCGACAAGGUCAACAAGACUGUCCGAAAAGUCGCCUGUCUCAACAACGACCGUCAACGAUACUUCGCCAUCCCGUCUUCGACCUUGGCCUCGGUCAAGCGCCACAUUCUGUACGCCCCGGUCUUCCGCAAGAGACACAACCGCGAGAUUCAACUGAGCAAGGCCGUCAACAUCGGCACGCUACCCACCCGCUUUCAGCUUCUCUUCCUCACCUCGUACUUUGCCACCAAUGUCCUCUUUUGCGUUUACAGAAUUCCCUUCGCGGAGACGAACGCAAUCGCCGCCGCGGGGUUGCGCAACCGUGCCGGUGUUCUGUCCGUACUCAACAUGAUCCCGCUUUUCCUUCUCGCUGGGCGAAACAAUCCUCUCAUCCCCCUUCUGGGCAUUUCUUUUGAUACUUACAACUUGAUCCAUCGCUGGUUCGGCCGCAUCGUCAUCCUUGAGGCUCUUGUCCACACCCUCGCCCAUUAUCAAAAGGCGAACUGGGCAGCAGCGGCUUUGUCUAGCACAUUCGCCAGCGCUUUUUUCCUCUGGGGCUUCAUCGCAACCUGUGCCUUUGUCGCUCUUGGUCUUCAGGCUUUCAGCCCCGUUCGACACGCCUAUUAUGAGAUUUUCAAGAUUAUCCACAUCGCCCUCGCCAUCCUCGCCAUCUAUGGGCUGUGGAUUCACCUCGCCGCCUAUGACCGACAGCUUGGAUGGUUGAAGGCUGUAAUAGGACUCUGGGCUGGGGACCGAGCGGCUCGUGUCCUCCGCAUGCUCCGAUCUCACCUCUUUGGUUCGCGGUCGAGGACUAUUGUCGAGGCAUUGCCAGGUAACGCCGUCCGGUUGACAACGACCCUUGCCCGGCCUUGGAGCGCCCGUCCGGGUCAGCACGCCUACCUGUACAUGCCCAGCCUCAGCCUCUGGCAGUCCCAUCCCUUCUCGAUCGCUUGGGUCGAUGGUGUUGAGGACCCAACCACCGAAAGGCUAGCAAGCACACGCCAGGACCUCAUAGGCUCGCAACAGAUGCGCGUGUCGUACGUCAUUCGCGCCAGAACUGGAUUCACCGAUUCACUGUACAAGAAGGCCUUGGCGGCACCAGGGGGGAGGCUGGAGACGACGUGCUACUCCGAGGGCCCCUACGGCGGUACACACUCACUUGAUUCCUACGGCACGGCUGUGCUCUUCGCCGGUGGUGUAGGCAUCACCCAUCAAGUCCCGUACGUGCAGAAGCUGGUCGCUGGAUACAGUGAGGGUACUGUGGCAACUCGCAAGAUCCUUCUAGUCUGGACUAUCCAGAGCCCUGAGCACCUUGAGUGGAUCCGCCCGUGGAUGACUGAGAUUUUGGCCAUGGAUAAGAGACGGGACGUGUUGCGAAUCAUGCUCUUCGUCAGCCAGCCUCGAUCUACCAAGGAAAUUCACAGCCCGUCCUCGACGGUACAAAUGUUCCCCGGACGUCCCAACAUUGAUACUCUCCUGUCCAUGGAGCAGGAGCACCAAGUCGGAACCAUGGUUGUCUCCGUGUGUGGCCCAGGUGCUCUGGGCGACGAGGUGCGACGGGCAGUGCGAGCUCGCCAGGACCGCAGCAGCAUUGACUUCAUCGAGGAAGCAUUCACAUGGUAGUGCUGUGGCGACCCGUCACCGCAGCUACGUGCCUGGGCACUGCUGGAAAGAUGAGCCCUUAACAUGCCCGACAAAUGACCAUCUUGGUUCAAUUACUUUGUAUUUUAGAUCUACCUGUACCUACGUUCUUUUCGCAGCCCCGGUGCCAACAUACCAACCGAGAUUCUCAGCAGCCACAGAUAGUACAUAAAGAGAGAGGCGUGACUGAA